UAUCAGGUUUUAGCGGUUGUUAUUAAAAGUUUAUAUUUUCUUUAGACAUUCAAGUCUUCGAUAUCCUUUUCACUUUUGCGUUUUUUUUUAUUUAAUCGAAAAUUACAUAAAUUCGUUAAACGUGAAAUCAAGAACAACAGAUUUAUAUUUCUAGCAAUAGGUUUCUCAAUUGGAUUUUCCCGCGACCAUUCACAGCGAUAUUUCUCUGCAUUUUGUUUUUCCGGUUUACUAUCACCAAAGGUUAAAUUCCUCGAAACACGGCGCUCUUUUGCAACCUACGAUUUCCAAGGGUUGAAAAUGGGAGGGAAAUUCCGGGACGUUGCGAUUUCCAGGGACCGCCUACGACAAUCGCUUCAUUGUCACACUGUGCCGUGCCGCAAAUAAUUCGCGAAUCACGUUCGAUCCGCGCGGCGCGUUAUCGCAGGUACGUGUCGCGAAUCUUCCAAGAAAUGCGGCAUUUUCCCGCAUGACACACAGAACGGUGCGCGGCAGUUUGCCAAAAACGUGGCAGUUACGAUGAACACGCGCGCCUCCUUCGCACUCUCGAAUUUUCAGUUGUUGGGCGGAAGGCCACGAGGUCGUACAGUGUUCGUUAAACCACUCGCGAAAUAUUUGUUCUACGUGAGAAGAGAACAGUUCUAUCUGCUCCAUUUUCGUUUUAUUCUGUGAUUCCCGCCACCUUGAAUUAGCAUCGAUACGGAAUUAAAAACGGAAUCGGUUUCAGAUCGAUUAUCGGAAAUGGUUGGCCGACAGCGGGUUGUCGAUCUUUGCUAAUGGUCGAUCUUGGCUUAUGGCUCUGCGGGUAUUUCAGAUCCAAGAAAGCGAGCUAGGCCUGCGUCGCAGCGGUUCCCUGAGGAUCUCCCGAGACGAUCCCGACAUCGCCCUCGUGCGAGAACGAGCUCGUCUUACGAGCACAAGAUCAUCGCCAUCGUCGACCUUGUCGUUGUCAACGACAUCCACGUCAUCCUCGGCCGCAUCUUCGGAGAAAUGCGCUGUCGACGGCGAAAACAGCAGAUCGUCCCGGUUCGCCAGGCGAUACGCACCUGCCGCUACGAGUGACGCACCUGCGCCGGAGUAUCUCGCUAGGAGCCUCCUGCAACUCGGAUGUCCUGCCGUGUCGAUGCCCACACCUCGUGGUGGUGUCGGGUCGGAGCAACCGCCGAGCAGCGACAGCGAUGACUAUACUGCCGCCCAUCAGCAAGCUCAUGCGAGUGGUUAUGGACAGAAUCUGGACGGUUACACCGUGCCCAAAGUCCAGGUGUCGGGCCCACCUAAUGUCGAUGAAUCCGCUUCCAUCAUCAAUGGGUAAGUUGUAUGAACCGCACAGAUAUUCGGAAAAUUUACACGCGGCUGCU